AUGGUGGACAAUGCCUUCCGCUGGGCCGGGGAUAAGAAGCUUCUUAGGGUGAACAGUGUACAUGGGGAGGAAGAGGCCUUCCUGGUCCUCUCGGAAACCUUUGAGUUGCUGGACGAGAGUGGGCAAUCGACAGACAUCAGCGGUACGAUUGAGGCUGAGGCCAGCGCGGACAUGCCGUCGAUCACUGCUUCCGACCAAGAGAUCCUUCAGAAUAUGGGGGCCUCGGCAUCCAGCAGCGGCGGUGCAGCCGUGACGGUUGGCCAGUCCGCCUCUUUCAAGAUCAUCUUCCCUACCGUGUCUCAGAAUGAGUCGCCAGUGUCUAUCUUGGCGAACUUUGUGGAGGUGCUGGGCCGGAAGAUUGACAGCUGCGAAGACCAGCUGGAGACAUUGGAUUGCAGCAAUCCUCGAGCGAAGGCGCUUCGUGAGCAGAUGGAGUUGAUUAUGGCGAGCAUGAAGAAGCACUACGAGAAGCUUGCACAGAAGUAUGCAGAAGCCAUCCACACCGUGCCGGAUCAGUCGUUCAAUGACGACCUGUUGAGGACGUAUGCUGACAUCACGAAGCAGGAUGUUCUGCUGGGCAAUUAUGUGCUACGUGCCAAGACGGCCGCCAAGCGCACGCCGUCGAAGGCCGGUGGCAGUGGCGGCGGGAAGCCUUCCUCCAAGGGGAAGCCCAAGGCAGAGAAAAAGGAGAAGAAGGAGAAGAAGGAGAAGGCCAAGUCUAAGAAGGACAAGAAGGGCAAAGCCCCGAAGGUUUGCUGGAAGAGGCAACAGGAGGACAGAUCGUUUGCAGUGUACGAAGUACGAGACGAUGACGGCACCGACUCGGACGACCUCGCAUACGAGCUUUUUGUUGGCUUUGAGCAGGGGGCCGAAAGUGCCAAGCGAGUGACUCGUUUGGCCCAUGUUGCCAAUCAGAAGCUGAAGAAACAUGGUGUCCAUGACCCGGCCCUGGCACUGAUGGCACAAGCAGGGCGGAACAAGCGCAACGAAUGCCGAAACUUACAUUACUUGAUACACAGAUCUGGUAAAACUCUUCCGAUACCUGUGGACUCGGCUGAAACCCCAGUACUGAUUCUUUCUGGAAAGAUUCGCAUCCAAAACGUCAACUUUCCUAUUCUGAAGCUAUCACAAUGGGCGCGGCACAUUUUGGACGGUCCCCUAGAGGGAGCACUACUAUUGGGAGGCCAUCGUCUAUCAGAGGGUGCUGAACCUUUCCGCAGGAUGUUCAAACGGUUUUGGCAGCGUUUUGAGCAAGUACGUCCCGAGUUGGACAUCUAUCAGGAGGAGGGUGUCGACUUAGGGUAUUGUAUACCAUAUGGUUACCACGGUGAUGAAGGUCGCGGCAAGCUCAAGCGCCCCAUCAUGUGCCUGAGGUACCAGCCCCUGGUGUCCUAUCGAGGAAUGAGCCACCUCAACUCAAGUGGGUGCCAUCAGAACAAAUUAACACUUGAGCCCUUAAAGCCCUGCCCCAGGGAGCCCUUAAAGCAAGUUCGGGUUGUAUAG